UUUUUUGAUAUGGAUCGCCUAUAAAAGCCGGAGCCCCAUCGAUUAUUUCAUCUGCUUCAUCCGAAGGCGGCUGUUUCAUUUUCUGUAAAUGUUCCAACUGGUCUAACUUGUCGAAAAAUUCCAAAAAAAUGUGGUUCUUUGUGUUAGCUUUAUUGGCUUCACCGCUGCUUGUCUUCUUGUACUUUGAACUUAAGACCUCGAACCACCGUCGCCGGCUCAAGAAGUUCCCAGGACCUACGCCAGUGCCUGUCCUGGGAAAUGCCAAUCGUAUUGGAAAGACUCCAGCAGAAAUUUUAGCCACAUUCUUCAACUGGUGGUAUGAUUACGGCAAGGAAAACUUCCUCUUCUGGAUUGGCUAUAGUGCCCACUUAGUUGUGACUGAACCCACGGAUCUAGAGUAUAUUCUUAACAGUCAGGAGUUGAUCCAAAAGUCCACCAUUUACAAUCUUCUACAUCCUUGGCUGGGAUCUGGUCUCCUUACAAGCUAUGGGAGCAAGUGGCACAAGCACCGUAAAAUGAUCACUCCCUCGUUCCACUUCAAUAUCCUGCAGGACUUCCAUCAAGUAAUGAAUGAGAACUCCACGAAGUUCAUUUCCCAGCUGAAGAAAGCAGCGGCAGGAAGCAGUAUCCUCGACUUCCAGGAACAUGCCAACUAUCUUACCUUGGAUGUGAUCUGCGACACAGCAAUGGGGGUUCCCAUUAACGCCAUGGAAGAGCGUGAUUCGACUAUUGUCCAGGCAUUUAGACAAAUGUGUUAUAUCCUAAACAUGAGAGCUUUCCAUCCGUUUAAGCGUUCUCAUCGGAUCUACAGCAUGUUGCCUGAGUUUGCAGAUUUCCAGCGCACCUUAAAGACCUUGCAGGACUUCACCUAUGAUAUUAUCGAAAAGCGGGUUAUAGCUCUUCAAAAUGGUAUUUCCACGACGGAGAAAGAUCCUUCAAUGCCCAAAAAGAAAUUGGCUUUCCUGGACGCACUUCUAUCCUCGACAGUCGAUGGCCGCCCCUUGACUAGAAAGGAGAUUUACGAGGAGGUCUCAACCUUUAUGUUUGAAGGACACGACACCACCACCUCAGGAGUGUCUUUUGGGGUGUAUCUUCUCUCUAGACAUCCCGACAUUCAGCAAAAGUUAUACCAGGAGCAGAUCGAAGUAAUGGGCAACGAUAUGAACAGGGAUGCCACUUUUCAGGAGAUUGCCCAAAUGAAGCAUUUGGAUCUGUUCAUCAAGGAGGCACAGCGCGUUUAUCCAAGCGUUCCCUUUAUUGGCCGCUACUGUGAUAAAGACUACACAAUCAAUGGAACCGUUAUACCAAAGGGCACUACCAUUAAUAUUCCUCUCGCUCUUAUGGGCUAUAACGAUCGGGUUUUCAAAGAUCCCCACCAUUUCCGACCAGAAAGAUUUUUGGAUGAGAAGCCCGGACCUUUUGAGUGUGUCCCAUUCAGUGCAGGACCACGGAAUUGUAUUGGACAAAAGUUUGCCCUCCUGGAACUAAAGACCGUGAUUUCCAAGAUGAUUCGAUCUUUCGAGGUUCUCCCAGCUAUUGAGGGCCUCUACUCAAGAGACGGCCGCCUCAACACCUAUCUUGGCCUUUCACCCGGAGAAAGGCUAAAACGCGAGGCAGGGCGCCACAAAUACGACCCCAUUCUCUCGGCAGUAUUGACUUUGAAGUCUGAUAAUGGAUUACAUUUGCGACUCAAGGAAAGGGUGUAUUAAAUAAGAUAUGUAACAUAAAAUAAAAUAUUUUGUUCAAAAAAUUAAUUAUUUCACCACAUUAUUUUCAACGUGGUCACAAUCUUAUUGAUUCGCGGACGAACUAUAGACUAUGACCCCCCCACGAUGGCAUGAUGGAAAAUAAACUUUACCCAUUGCAUUGCGAUUUGGGAGAGCUGACAGAGCUUUUUCCGCUCAUCGAAGAGUAGAUAGAUCCGAAACGUUUUAUGGUUUUGGAUGAGUCCAAAAAGUCAAGCUUGGUUUCUCUUAGACAUUGACCUGUUUUUGAUCCCGUUGGUAUCUUUUUUGCCUUUGGCCAUCUCUGGUGCUCGUGUACUUUGGAUCGGAGGGCAUCGAAGGUCCAAUAUUGGCCCAAAGUCCGGCAGGUCAGUUCAUAGACCAAAACAGGGGGGCUCGUCUUCAUUUAUCGUCAAAUUGCGGUCUAGACGGCUUGAUAAGGUUUCUUAUCAUAUGGUGGGUAUUGGUAAAUACUACCAGUUGUGGCGAAAUUCAUUUCUGCCGCUUGCACAGAUAAUAAUAGUUCGUUCAUGGUCUUAUCUGGAUGGAUUUUUUCGGCGAAAAACUAUCAUUACUUGUUUAGUGCUCUUGCAACCAUUGCAUCGAUAAGUUUAAAUGCCAGGAGUUCUACUCUUGCAGAAGGAGUCACUUGCGAAGUAGUCUUUGGAGAGUAUCUUCUUACUCAUUAUUACCUCUACUUACUCAUUAAUAAACUUUAAAUCAAUCAAAAAACUUAUUUUUCAAUCAAUAUUCUCCAUUUAUUCAGUAAAUAUUAUUGAAUUA